UAUAGUAACUACAACCCUGGAAGCCACUUCUGCAGGACCCACUUCUGUAGAAACUACAACCCUGGAAGCCACUUCUGAAGGACCCACUUCUGUAGAAACUACUACCCUUGAUAUAACUUCUGAAGGACCUUCUGGAGAAACUACUACCCUGGAAACUACUUCUGCAGAAACUAGUACCCUUCACACCUCUUCUGUAGGAACUACUGCACUGGAAACCACUUAUGCAGAAACUGCUACCCUUGGUACCAUUUCUGUUGAAUCUACCACUCAGGGCACCAUUUCUGCAAAGACUACCACUCAGGGCACCACUUCUGCAAAAACUACUACCCUUGGCACUACUUCUAUAAAAACUACAACCCUGGAGACCACUUCUGCAGCACCCACUUCUGGAGAAACUAUUUCUCUGGGAAAAACUUAUGCAGGAGCUACUACCCUUGGCACGACAUCUGUUGAAUCUACUACUCUGGGCACCACUUUUGCAGAAACUACUACUCUUAGCACCACUUCUGCAAAAACUAGUGCCCUUGGCACCCAUUCUGCAGAAAUUACUACCCUGGGCACAACUUAUGCAGAAAUUACUAUGCUUGACACCAGUUCUGUCGAAACUACAGCUCUGGUCACCAUUUCUGCAGAAACUAGUACUCUUGGAACCACUUCUGUAGAAUCUACUGCCCUUGAAACCACUUCUGUAGGACCUACUUCUGCAGAAACUAUUACUCUGGGUAAAACAUCUGUGGAAACUACUACCCUUGUCACCACUUCUGCAGAAACUACUACCCUGGGCACAUCAUCGACAGGACCCACUUCUGUAGAAACUACUACCAUUGGCACUUCUAUAGAGACUGCAACCCUGGAAACCACCUCUACAACACCCACUUCUGCAGAAAUUACUAUGCUUGACACCAGUUCUGUCAAAACUACUGCUCUGGUCACCAUUUCUGCAGAAACUAGUACUCUUGGAACCACUUCUGUAGAAUCUACUGCCCUUGAAACCACUUCUGUAGGACCUACUUCUGCAGAAACUAUUACUCUGGGUAAAACAUCUGUGGAAACUACUACCCUUGUCACCACUUCUGCAGAAACUACUACCCUGGGCACAUCUUCGGCAGGACCCACUUCUGUAGAAACUACUACCAUUGGCACUUCUAUAGAGACUGCAACCCUGGAAACCACCUCUGCAACACCCACUUCUGCAGAAAUUACUAUGCUUGACACCAGUUCUGUCAAAACUACUGCUCUGGUCACCAUUUCUGCAGAAACUAGUACUCUUGGAACCACUUCUGUAGAAUCUACUGCCCUCCAAACCACAUCUGCAGGACCCACUUAUGCAGAAACUACUACACUGGGCAAAAUACCUGCAGAAACUACCCUGGGCACAACUUCUGGAGAAACUAGUACCCUUGGCACCACUUCUUUACAAACUAUUACCCUGGGCACAUCUUCUGCAGGACCAACCUCUGCAGGAACUAAUAUUAUUGGACCCACUUCUGAAGAAACUACUACCCUGGCCACAACUUCUGCAGAAACUACUACCCUUGAAACCACUUCUGUUGAAUCUACUACACUGGGUACCACUUCUGCAGAGACUACUACCCUUGGCAGCUCUUCAGAAACUAGUACCCUUGGUGCGACCUCAUUUGAAACUACUACACUGGGAACCACUUUUGCAGAAUCUAGUACCCUUGGUACCACUUCUGUUAAAUCUACCACUCUGGGCACCACUUCUACAAAAACUACUACUCCUGGCACCACUUCUGUAGAAAGUACUUCCCUGGAAUCCACUUUUGCAGCAGACACUUCUGUAGAAACUACCACUCUGGGCAUGACUUCUGCGGAAACUAGUACCUCUGGCACCACUUCUGUACAAUCUACCACUCUGGGCACCACAUCUACAGAAAUUGUUGUCCUGGAGUCCACAUCUGCAGGACCCACUUCUGUAGAAACUACUGCCUUGGAAACCACUUCUACAAGACUCACUUCUGCAGAAACUACUACUAUGGGCACAACUUCUGCUGAAACUACUACCCUGGGCAAAAUCUCUGCAGAAACUACUCUAGGCACAACUUCUGGAGAAAUUACUACACUUGGCUCUACUUUUGUUAAAUCUACCACUCAGGGCACCACUUCUGCAGAAUCUACUAUGCUUGGCACCACUUCUGUAGAAACUAGUACCCUUGGCAUCACUUCUGUACAAACUACUGCCCUGGGAACAUCAUCUGCAGAAACUACUACCAUGGGCACAACUUCUGCAGAAACUACCCUGGGCACAACUUCUGGAGAAAUUACCAUCCUUGGCUCUACUUCUGUUAAAUCUACCACUCUGGCCAGCACUUCUGCAGAAUCUACUAUGCUUGGCAACACUUCUGUAGAAACUAGUACCCUUGGCACCACAUCUGCAGGACCAACUUCUGCAGAAACUACAACCAUGGGCACAACUUCUGCAGAAACUACUACCCUGGGCAAAACCUAUGCGGAAACUACCCUGGGCACAACUUCUGGAGAAAUGACUAGCCUUGGCUCUAUUUCGGUUAUAUCUACCACUCUGGGCACCACUUCUGCAGAAUAUAAUAUGCUUGGCACCACUUCUGUCGAAACUAGUACCCUUGGCAUCACUUCUGUACAAACUACUGCCCUGGGAACAUCUUCUGCAGGAUCCACUUCUGCAGAAACUACUACCAUGGGCACAACUUCUGCAGAAACUACUUUGGGCACAACUUCUGGAGAAAUUACCAUCCUUGGCUCUACUUCUGUUAAAUCUACCACACUGGCCACCACUUCUGCAGAAUCUACUAUGCUUGGCACCACUUCUGUUCAAACUACUGCCCUGGGAACAUCAUCUGCAGGACCCACUUCUGCAGAAACUACUACCAUGGGCACAACUUCUGCAGAAACUACUAUCCUGGGCAAAACCUCUGCAGAAACUACCUUGGGCACAACUUCUGGAGAAAUUACUACCAUUGGCUCUACUUUUGUUAAAUCUACCACUCUGGGCACCACUUCUGCAGAAUCUACUAUGCUUGGCACUACUUCUGUAGAAACUAGUACCCUUGGAACCAGAUAUGUAGAAACUACUACCUUUAAAACCACUUCUGCAGGUCCCACUUCUGUAGAAACCACUACCCUUGGCACCACUUCUGUAGAAACUGCUGCCCUGGAUACCACUUCUCCAGAAACUACUACCCUUGCCACCAUGUUUGUUGAAUCUACCACUCUGGGCACCACUUCUACAGAAACUACUACCUUUGGUACCACUUCUGUAGAAUCUACUAUCCUGGAAACCACUUCUACAGGACCUACUUCUGCAGAAACUGCCCUGGGCACAACUUCUGUUAAAUCUGCCACUCUGGCCACCACUUCUGCAGAAUCCACUACCCUUGGCAGAACUUCUCCAGAAACUAGUACCCUUGGCACCACUUCUGUACAAACUACUACCCUGGGCACAUUCUCUACAGAACCCACUUCUGUGGAAACUAUUACUCUUGGAACCACCUCUGUGGAUGCUACUACCUUUGAAAGCAGUUCUGCAAAAGCCACUACCCUUGGCACAACGUCUGUUGAAUCUACUACUCAGGGCACCAUUUCUGCAAAGAUUACUACCUUUGGCACCAUUUCUGAAAAAACUAGUACCCUUAGCAUGACUUUUGCAGAAACUACUACCCUUACCACCAUUUCUCUUGAAUCUACUACCCUUGAAAACACUUCUGCAGGUGCCACCUCAGCAGAAACUACUACCCUUGAAGACACUACUGUAGAAACUGCUACCCUUGGCACCACUUCUGUUGAAUAUACAACUCUGGGCAGCACUUCUGCAGAGACUACUACCAUUGGCACCACUUUUAUAGAAACUACUACCCUGGAAACCACUUCUGCAGUUCCCACUUUUGCAGAAACCACUACCCUGGGUACAACUUCUGGAGAAAUGACUACCCUUGGCUCUACUUCUGUUGAAUUUACCACUAUGGGCACCACUUCUGCAGAAUCUACUGUACGUGGCACCACAUCUGUAGAAACUAGUACCCUUGGUACCACUUCUGUACAAACUACUACCCUGGGAACAUUUUCUGCAGGACCGACUUCUGCAGAAACUACUACCCUGGGCAAAACCUCUGCAGAAACUACCCUGGGCACAACUUCUGGAGAAAUGACUACCCUUGGCUCUACUUCUGUUAAAUCUACCACUCUGGGUACCACUUCUGCAGAGACUACUACCUUUGAAACCACUUCUGCAAGACCCAGUUCUGGAGAAACUACUGCCCUGGGCAUUACUUCUAUAAAAACAACUAAACUGGAAACCGUUUCUGCAGCACCCACUUCUCCAGGAACUACUAUCCUUGGCAUUACUACUGUAGAAUCUUCAACUCUGGACAGCACUUCUGCAAAAACUAUUACCCUUGGAACCUUUUCUGUGCAAACUACUACCCUUGAAACCACGUCUGUAGAAACUACUAGCUUUGAAACCACUUCUGCAGGUCCCAGUUCUACAGAAACUACCCUGCUUACCACUUCUGCAGAAACUUCUACCAUUAGCACCACUUCUGCAAAAACUAGUAGCCUUGGCACCACUUCUGCAGACACUACUACCCUUGAAACAACUUUGGUAGAAACUACUGCCCUGGAAAACACUUCUGCAGAAACUACUACACUUGGCACCACUUCUGUUGAAUCUUCCACUCUGGGUACCACUUCUGCAGAGACUACUACCUUUGGAACCACUUCUGCAAGACCCUCUUCUAGACAAACUACUCCCCUAAGCAAAAUUUCUGCAGAAACUACUACCUUUGGUACCACUUAUGUAGAAACUACUACCCUUGAAACCACUUCUGCAGGUCCCAGUUCUGCAGAAACUACCCUGCUCACCACUUCUACCCUUGACACUACAUCUGCAAAAACUAGUACUCUUGGAACCACUUCUGUAGAAACUACUACCCUGGGCACAACUUCUGCAGAAACUACUACCUCCGGCACUACUUCUAUAGGAAUUACUAAACUUGAAACCAUUUCUGCAGCACCCACUUCUGCAGAAAUUACUACCCUUGGCAUUAAUACUGUAGAAUUGACAACUCUUGGCAUCACUUCUGCAGAAACUACUACCCUUGGCACCACUUCUGUAGAAACUACUACCCUGGAAUCCACUUCUGCCAGGCCCAGUUUUGUUGAAUCUAUCACUCUGGGCACCACUUCUGUAGAAACUACUACCCUUGAAACUACUUCUGCAGGACCCACUUCAGAAACCGGUAUCAUGGGCACCACUUCUGCAGAAACUGCUAACCUUGAAACCACUUUUGCAGGACCCACUUCAGAAACUGGUACCAUGGGCACAACUUCUGCAGAAACUGGUACCUUGGGCACACAUUCUGCAGUUACUACUAUCCUUAGCACUACUUCUAUAAAAACUAUUACCCUGGGCACAGUUUCUAAUGAAACUAAUACCCAUGAAGCUACUUCUGUAAAGACUACUACCCUGGAAACCACUUCUGCAGAACCCACUUCCGUGGAAAUUACUACCCUGGACACAGCUUCUACAGAAACAACUAAUCUUAGAACCACUUCUGUAGAAACAGCUAUCCUGGGCACCACUUUUACAGAAACUACUACCCUUGAAACCACUUCUGCAGAAAUUACAACCCUGGACACAGCUUCUACAGAAAUUAGUAAUCUUGGCCCCACUUCAGCAGAAACUACUACCCUUGAAACCACUUCUGUAGAAACUACUACCAUUGGCACCAGUUCUGUAGAAAGUAGUACCCAUGGCACCACCUCUGUAGAAACUACUAUCCUGGGCACUACUUCUACAGGAACCACUUCAGAAGAAACUACCAUCUUUGGAGACACUUCUGUUGAAACUACUACCCUGGAAUUCACUUCUACAGAAACUACUGCCUUUGAAACAACUUCUGUAGAAACUAUUAGCCUGGAUACAACUUCUGCUGAAAUUACUACCACUCUGGGGGCCACUUCUGCAGAAACUACUACUCUGGGGACCACUUUUGCAGGACCGAUUUCUCCUGAAAGUACUACCCUUGGCACCACUUCUGCAGAAACUAGUACCCUUGGUACCAUUUCUGUAGAAACUACUACCUUGGGCAUACCCACUGCAGAAACUAGUACCCUUGGAACCACUUCUGUAGAAACUACUACUUUGGGCACAAGUUCUGGUGAAACUACUUUCCUUGGCACCAUUUUUUUAGAAACUACUUCCCUUGAAACCACUUCUGCAGAAACUACCCUGGGCAUUACUUCUGUUGAAUCUACCACUCUGGGCACCACUUCUGUAGAAACUACUACACUAGGCACAACUUCCGCAGGACUCAUGUUUGCAGAAAGUACUUCCCUUGGCACAACUUUUACAGGAACUGCUACGCUUGGCACCACUUCUGUAAAAUCUACAACUCUGGGCACCACUCCUGCAGAAACUACUGCCUUUGGCACAAUUUCUGCCGAAAUUACAACCCUGGCCACAGCUUCCGUAGAAACUACUACCCUAGCAACCACUUCUGCAGGACCCACUUCUACAGAAACUACUGUCCUUGGUACCACUUCUGUUGAGUUUACUCUCUUGGAAACCACUUCUGCAGGACCCACUUAUUCAGAAUCUAGUAUCCUUGGCACCACUUCUGUAGAAACUAGUACCCUUGAAACCACUUUUGCAGAAAGUACUACCCUGGAAACCACUUCUGUAGAAACUACUACCAUUGGCAGCACUUCUGAAGAAACUACUACUCUUGACUCAACUUCUGCAAAAACUACAACCCCAGUUAGUUCAACAGGAAUAACUACACCUGGCAUAACAUCUGCUGUUAAUAGGACAACAUCUCAAACUGCCACUUGGCACCACUAUUGCAGAAACCACUAUCAUUGGCACCACUUGUGUGAAAAGAACAACUAUGACCGAUACCGAUUCCUUAGAAUGUACCACCACUUGUACACACACUACCCUGCAGAAACUACUUCUGUAGAAACUACUACCCUUGGCACAACUCCUGCAGAAACUACUACCCUUGGCACAACUCCUGCAGAAACUAAUACACCGGGCAUCACAUCUCAAACUGCCACUUGGCACCACCACUGCAGAAACCACUAUCAUUGGCACCACUUGUGUGAAAAAAACUAUGAUAGAUACCGAUUCCUUAGAAUGUACUACCACUUGUACACACACUACCCUCUAGAAACUACUUCUGUAGAAACUACUACCGUUGGCACAACUCCUGCAGAAACUACUACCCUUGGCACAACUCCUGCAGAAACUACUACUCCGGGCACAAUGUCUCAAACUGCCACUUGGCACCACCACUGCAGAAACCAUUAUCAUUGGCACCACUUGUGUGAAAAAAACUAUGACAGAUACCGAUUCCUUAGAAUGUACCACCACUUGUACACACACUACCCUCUAGAAACUACUUCUGUAGAAACUACUACCCUUGGCACAACUCCUGCAGAAACUACUACCCUUGGCAUAACUCCUGCAGAAACUACUACUCCAGGUGCAAUGUCUCAAACUGCCACUUGGCACCACUAUUGCAGAAACCACUAUCAUUGGCACCACUUGUGUGAAAAAAACUAUGACAGAUACCGAUUCCUUAGAAUGUACCACCACUUGUACACACACUACCCUCUAGAAACUACUUCUGUAGAAACUACUACCCUUGGCACUACUCCUGCAGAAACUACUACCCUUGGCUUAACUCCUGCAGAAACUACUACUCCGGGCGCAAUGUCUCAAACUGCCACUUGGCACCACUAUUGCAGAAACCACUAUCAUUGGCACCACUUGUGUGAAAAAAACUAUGAUAGAUACCGAUUCCUUAGAAUGUACUACCACUUGUACACACACUACCCUCUAGAAACUACUUCUGUAGAAACUACUACCGUUGGCACAACUCCUGCAGAAACUACUACCCUUGGCUUAACUCCUGCAGAAACUACUACUCCGGGCGCAAUGUCUCAAACUGCCACUUGGCACCACUAUUGCAGAAACCACUAUCAUUGGCACCACUUGUGUGAUAAAAACAACUAUGACAGAUACAGAUUCCUUAGAAUGUACCACCACUUGUACACAAACUACUCUACAGAAACUACUUCAGUAGAAACUACUACCUUUGGCACAACUCCUGCAGAAACUACUACUCCAGGCACAAUGACUCAAACUGCUACUUGGCACCACCACUGCAGAAACCACUAUCAUUGGCACCACUUGUGUGAUAAAAACAACUAUGACAGAUACAGAUUCCUUAGAAUGUACCACCACUUGUACACAAACUACUCUACAGAAACUACUUCAGUAGAAACUACUACCUUUGGCACAACUCCUGCAUAAACUACUACUCCAGGCACAAUGACUCAAACUGCUACUUGGCACCACCACUGCAGAAACCACUAUCAUUGGCACCACUUGUGUGAUAAAAACAACUAUGACAGAUACAGAUUCCUUAGAAUGUACCACCACUUGUACACACACUACCCUGUAGAAACUACUUCUGUAGAAACUACUACCCUUGGCACAACUCCUGAAGAAACUACUACUCCGGGCGCAAUGUCUCAAACUGCCACUUGGCACCACUAUUGCAGAAACCACUAUCAUUGGCACCACUUGUGUGAUAAAAACAACUAUGACAGAUACAGAUUCCUUAGAAUGUACCACCACUUGUACACAAACUACUCUACAGAAACUACUUCAGUAGAAACUACUACCUUUGGCACAACUCCU